GUGGAUUCGCACUAUCUCCACUGCUCGUCCAGACUCCAGACUUCACCUUCGCGCUCCGCACAGAACAACCCGCCUGAUCCUUUCAACGCACUCAACCAGCGCCUUCUCUCGUUACUAUCCAACAACUUCAGACGUGCAUAUCUCUGAUAUUCUCUUCGGACUGUAUAGACGAGAGCCGGGGUUUUCUCUAAGGAUGCAAUCAGUUAUCUACCUUUUCGGUGCCUUCAUAGCAGUCCUUGUGUUUCCUCCAGGGAGCUGCUUGGAGACAGUUAUAGGUCUGUACGGUGAGACCAUUGAAGUGCCAUGCAACAAUGGAAAUAACAAGCCAAAUGGCCUUAUUUUCACCAAAUGGAAAUAUGUGAAAGAUGACGGCACUAACGGCGAUCUACUCGUGAAGCAGGCUGCGAAAGACCAGGCAACCGUGUCCGCCACAGACGGCUACAAAAGUAGAGUUAGCAUCGCCACCAACUCCAGCCUGCUGAUCGCCCAGGGCUCACUGGCCGACCAGAGAGUUUUCACCUGCAUGGUGGUGUCUUUAACCAACCUGGAAGAAUACUCUGUGGAAGUGAAAGUUUACAAAAAACCAUCAGCCCCUGUAAUCAAAAACAAAGCGAAAGAACUGGAAAACGGCAAGCUGACACAGUUGGGGGAAUGUGUGGUGGAGAGUGCCAACCCAGCGGCAUAUCUCAUAUGGAUGAAGAACAACCAGCCCCUGGAGAAUGACGACAAGACGAUCAUUAUCACAUCUACUGUCACCAAGGACCCAGUCACAGGUCUGUCCAGCACCUCUUCCGGUCUGAAGUACACAGCCAGGAAAGAGGAUGUGGCAUCACAGUUCACCUGCACAGCAAAGCAUGAGAUGGGCCCCGACCAGGUUUCAGCAGCAGAGACCUUCCCAAUUCACUACCCCACUGAGAAGGUGAAUCUACAGGUUGUUUCUCAGAGCCCCAUUAGGGAAGGUGAUAAUGUGACACUGAAAUGCCAGGCGGACGGAAACCCUCCUCCCACCAGCUUCAACUUCAACAUUAAGGGCAAGAAGGUCACGGUGACUGACAAGGAUGUCUACACACUGACUGGCGUUACCCGAGACGACAGUGGCUUGUACAAGUGCUCCCUUCUUGACAACGAUGUAAUGGAGUCCACUCAGAUCGUCACAGUGAGCUUUCUGGAUGUAAGCCUCACUCCCACAGGAAAGGUGUUAAAGAAGCUCGGGGAAAACUUGGUUGUGUCAUUGGAAAAGAACUCCUCUAAUGAAACAAAGGUGACAUGGACUAAGGAUAACCGUAAACUAGACAAACUGCCCGACUUCUCUCAGUUGACGUAUAGCGACGCAGGUCUGUAUGUGUGCGACGUGUCCAUUGUAGGAAUCAGACGCAGUUUGUCCUUCGAGCUUACUGUAGAAGGUGUUCCAAAAAUUUCAAGUCUGACAAAGCAUCGCAGCAACGACGGCAAACACAAAGUCUUGACGUGUGAGGCAGAGGGUUCACCUAAACCUGACGUGCAGUGGAGUGUCAACGGAACAAACGAUGAAAUGUCAUACGUCAACGGGAAGGCCACAUACAAACUGACCGUAGUGCCCAGUAAGAACCUCACCGUCAGCUGUCACGUGACCAAUAAACUCGGAUCCGACACUAAGGAAAUUAGCGUGUUUUCCCUAUUUGAGGAGGACAAGUCCAAACCAGAAAAAAACGAACAUGGUGCGGAGCAGGCCAAAGUGAUUGUGGGUGUCGUGGUUGGACUUUUCCUAGCCGCUGCUCUGGUGGGACUCAUCUACUGGCUCUAUAUCAAGAAAACAAGACAAGGCAGUUGGAAGACCGGAGAGAAGGAGGCAGGCACUUCAGAGGAGAGUAAGAAACUGGAGGAGAACAAUCAUAAAGCAGAUGUCUAAAAGAGCAGAGAGGCGUCAAAAGGAAUGAAGAAGGUAUGAACCAGGAAAGAGGCCUUGUCACUGAAUGUGCAGUACUACACACUUCAAUCAUCUAAUUCCAGACAUCUGAUUGGACGGCGACGCCUCCUUCAGGCUGCUCGUGUGCGUCACGCAUCGCAGAAUGUUUCCAGAAUAUUUCCUACUCCAAACGAACAGUUUCCUAAAAGAAAAAAAGAAAAGAAAUUCCCCCACCAUGAUCCAAGAGUGUAAAAGAGAAACCACUUGUGUUGUAUAUUUAGUCUGCACUGAGGACUGCAUUUACUUUUGAUCGAUUCUGAAUUUUUCUUUUUGUGUUCCCAGUGAAUGUUCUCGUUUCAUGCGCAUUGCUGAUGUGGUGGGCACAGAUGUUUUGUUCCCCCUAUAGUAAAAAAAAACAUGUAAAUUCGCUGUACACUUUUUAGGUCUAUGUAAAUAAGUCAGGGGAGUACGUUCACUCUGCUUAAGGUUGGGAUUAUUGAAAAAAAAUAAGGAUUGUGGGACUACAUAUUGAAAUUGCACAGUCCCUCAUCAAAAACUCCUAAGAUCGCGGUCGGAUGCUGGAAGAACGAUGAAUUCACUGCUGUUACACAUCUGUUUGCUCAUGUUUUAUUUAUUGGUACCUCUUUAUGACACUGCCCUGUGACAUUCAUGUUAUUUCCUUUAGUUUGAAGUGGCUAAGUAGUGAAAACGGGUUUAGAAAAUUAGCAUAGCGUAGGGAAAUAUCCUGCUACACCCAGUGGCCUUCAGGUUGCAUUGCAUGAUGUCAUAGUUGUAGGGUUCUGGACACGGCCCGCUAGAGUUUAACGUAGUGACAUUGACGUGACUCGCAUAUAGUAUAAAUAAACAAGCAAACAUCCGCUCUCGGUAUCAGACUGGGUGGUAGCAACCUUGCAUGCAGAGACUUUAUUUUUUUUUGGUAGGAAGUAAAUAUAAAAGAAUAGCCCCUUUAUAUUGCCUUAACAGAGAGUCAGUAUCGGAAGGCAAACUUCAGUCAGUAUAUUAAUGUGAAACCUCACUGUAUAGCCUUUGUUUUGCACUUCCCUCAGACUACAAAAACUGCAUCUUUUUUUGUUUUUACACAUCAUUUUCGAUGUUUGUCAGGUUGAUGUCCGACACUGUAGUCUUUAGCGAUGGUUUGAAGCAUUGUUCUGUUGACAUGGUUUAAAGAGGCUGUAAAUAUGUUUGAAUGUCUUGUGUUUGGCUAUUUAUAAAGUGUGAGAAAUGCAAGGUUAGCUGUGCUUCUGCUUAGUCACUAAAGAGACCCUUUUUAUUUAAACUAUAAUCUCACUUUGUCACGUAUAUUUAGAAGAAACCUUUUUUUGUUUCAUCUCCACAAAGGAGUGUUUUGAAUGUUCAUGUUUAGCAUAUUUUGAACCAUCAGGUCAGCAGUGAAACCAAAGAGGGUAACCGCAAAAGAAGGCCAUAAAGUAUUGUAAAUACUGACUUUUGUUUUUGUACUUUUGUUGACAAUAAAAGUGUACAUUUUGAAGAAAA